UGUUGGUAUUUAAAUUGGUACUACCUGGCCACUGGAUGCUUGUCAUCAUGUCUUCAUCUCUACAGUGGCAAACACACCAUUGGCCCAUUCAUAUUUGGCCUGGGUUUUGAAACUAAUAAAAGGAAAUGGGAAAAGAAAGAUAUCCCAAUCCCUCCCAACAACUCUUUUUACCAAAUCUCAGAUCCACCAAACCCUCCAAAUCUCAACCGUCCAUACAACACUCUAAAACCUAUUUAUAUCCCCUACUCACUCUCUCACUUCUGCAUACCAAUUUCUGCGCCUUCUUCUUCUUCUUCACUCCUCCAAGAAGCAAGAACAGCGUCAAGAAAUCCCUCUUCUCUCCCCCAUUAUGGCGCUUCUCGUCGAGAAGACCACCACCGGCCGCGAGUACAAGGUCAAGGACAUGUCCCAGGCCGACUUCGGCCGCCUCGAGAUCGAGCUGGCCGAGGUCGAGAUGCCCGGCCUCAUGUCCUGCCGCACCGAGUUCGGCCCCUCCCAGCCCUUCAAGGGGGCUAAGAUCACCGGCAGCCUCCACAUGACCAUCCAGACCGCCGUCCUCAUCGAGACCCUCACCGCCCUCGGCGCCGAGGUCAGAUGGUGCUCCUGCAACAUCUUCUCCACCCAGGACCACGCUGCCGCCGCCAUCGCCCGCGACAGCGCUGCCGUCUUCGCCUGGAAGGGGGAGACCCUCCAGGAGUACUGGUGGUGCACCGAGCGCGCCCUCGACUGGGGCCCCGGUGGCGGCCCCGAUCUCAUCGUCGACGACGGCGGCGACACCACCCUCCUCAUCCACGAGGGUGUCAAGGCUGAGGAGGAGUUCGCCAAGUCCGGCAAGCUCCCCGAUCCCACCUCCACCGACAACGCUGAGUUCCAGAUCGUGCUCACCAUCAUCAAAGACGGAUUGAAGGACGAUCCCAAGAAGUACACCAAGAUGAAGGACAGAAUCGUUGGGGUUUCCGAGGAGACCACCACCGGAGUCAAGAGGUUGUAUCAGAUGCAAGCUAACGGCGCCCUGCUCUUCCCCGCCAUCAAUGUCAAUGACUCCGUCACCAAGAGCAAGUUCGAUAACUUGUACGGGUGCCGUCACUCAUUGCCCGAUGGGCUGAUGAGGGCCACCGAUGUGAUGAUUGCCGGAAAGGUUGGUGUCGUCUGCGGUUAUGGAGAUGUAGGAAAGGGCUGUGCGGCGGCCUUGAAGCAAGGCGGUGCCCGCGUGAUCGUGACAGAGAUUGAUCCCAUCUGCGCCCUGCAGGCCCUCAUGGAGGGUUUCCAGGUGCUGACCCUGGAAGACGUGGUCUCCGAGGCCGACAUCUUCGUCACCACCACCGGCAACAAGGACAUCAUCAUGCUCGACCACAUGAGGAAGAUGAAGAACAACGCCAUUGUGUGCAACAUCGGCCACUUUGACAACGAGAUCGACAUGCACGGCCUCGAGACCUUCCCCGGAGUGAAGAGGAUCACCAUCAAGCCACAGACGGACAGGUGGGUGUUCCCGGACACCAAGACUGGCAUCAUCAUCCUGGCCGAGGGCCGUCUCAUGAACUUGGGCUGUGCCACCGGCCACCCCAGCUUCGUCAUGUCGUGCUCCUUCACCAACCAGGUCAUUGCCCAGCUCGAGCUCUGGAACGAGAAGACCAGUGGCAAGUACGAGAAGAAGGUGUAUGUGCUGCCCAAGCAUCUCGAUGAGAAGGUCGCAGCCCUCCACCUCGGUAAGCUUGGGGCGAGGCUCACGAAGCUCUCCAAGGACCAGGCCGACUACAUCAGCGUCCCCGUUGAGGGUCCCUACAAGCCUGCUCACUACAGGUACUAAGCUAAAGGGGAACAUGGUUGUUGCAAUGUGGGGUAAAACAGUACACUUUGAUCAUCAGCAUCACGGUUUCUUGAGCUGUUUGGGAGUUGAUUUGAUUUUGAUGACUUGAAAAAUAAGUUGGAAGUUGAUUUUAGCAGUCAUCACGGUGGUUUGAUUAUUUCUUUUUUCUGUUUUCCUUUUGAGCCUUUGAUAAGAAAAUGAUGUAGUUGCUGCAGAAAGAUGCAUUAUUGCGUUUGGCAUUUAUCUAUUAUAUAUAUAUUCGAUGAAA